ACUACAGUAACAAUGCUAUAAGUAAGGGUUCUUCGGUUCGUUGAAAUCAUAUACCAUUUUAUGUAUUUCAUAGCAUAAAAACUUGAGGGACCAGACAAGGGGAGGAAUUAUUCAAGGGAUUCAACUCCCUGAAAAUAAGCAUCUACGGCGAUACGACCGUGUCCCUCAUAGUAGUAAAUACAUGGGGUUCCUGAUUGUCGGGUCGAACUUUGGAGAUAAAAAGCCAUUGUAUCUUCUGUUUGUUACAGUCUCUAUCAUCACUCAUCAUCAUCCACACUCUUUUCUACUCAUAUAUUCACCAGUUUAUCCAAACUCUCAUUCAUCUACGUCAUUCGUUAUCCAGUCCAGCAUCUUUAUAUAUAAAAUCGAAAAUGAAGACUUCAACCCAACAACUCUUGUCCCUUCUCCUCCUCCCUCUCUCUGCCAUUGCCGCCCCAACAGGUUCCAUCGAAGCCAGAGCAUGCAAAGCGGUAACCGUCAUCUUUGCUCGUGGAACAGCUGAGAUCGGAACUCUUGGUACCAUAGUCGGACCACCCUUCCUCGAAGCCUUACAAUCUUCUCUUGGUUCUUCUGCAGUCUCUAUGACUGGCGUCGAUUAUCCAGCUGAUGUGCCUGGAUUCUUGGAAGGUGGUGAUUCUGCUGGUAGUCAGACUAUGUAUGUUCUUUACAUUUCUCGUCUCCUUUCUCCUCCAUAAAUUACUAACCCAUCAUCACCACAGGGCCAAAAUGGUCACGUCGGCUCUAUCCAGUUGUCCAAAAACCAAAAUUGUCAUGUCCGGUUACUCUCAAGGAGGUCAACUCGUGCACAAGGCCGCAAAACUUCUCCCAGCUGCCACCAUGGCUAAAGUCAGCUCUGCCGUUAUCUUCGGCGACCCAGGUUCGUACCCACCGCCUUUUUCUGGAUCCCCCAGCAAAAUGAUCUCAAACUAACAUAACCACCUUUAGACAACGGAAAAUCAGUCCAAGGUGUCUCAUCCGCUAAAACAGAUAUCAUCUGUCACUUCGGAGACGAUAUCUGUCUAGGUGGCGAUAUGAUAUUAUUUGCACAUCUAACAUACGGAAUGGAUGUGACAGCCGCAGCGGCAUUUGUGAAGAAAGCCGCGGGCUUGUAAGAUUAGUUUAGAAGAUUGGGGUAUCGAUGCGUGCUGUUCAUUGCUAGUUUGGAGUUUCCUACGAUGCAUAUGAUGUAUAUAGGUAUCUUUUGUACAUAUUCUGAUCUAGCGUGCAGUAAUGCAUUUGAGAUUUUUUAAUUGUAAUUAAUUCAU